AUGGCUGCUAGAAAGUCGUUCCAAAAGGAUGAGGUCGAGUUCAUCGAAGGCAAGCAGAACGAUGUCGAGGGUAUUCCUCACAUCAUUGAGAUCGACACCUUCCGCGUCUUGGGCUUAACCGCCGAAGAUGCCGACUUCUAUACAAACUUCCCGGAAGAGAAGCGGAAGAGGAUCUUUCGAAAGGUCGAUAUCAGACUCAUCCCAAUGCUCGCACUAUUGUAUCUGGCCGCGCAUAUCGAUCGCGCGAACAUCGGCAACGCGAAGAUCGAGGGCAUGAUCGAAGACCUAAACAUGACUGGCGUGCAGUACAACACUGUUCUAUCUAUCUUCUUCAUCCCCUACGUUCUCUUCGAAAUCCCGAGCAACAUCUUACUCAAGAAAUUCAAGCGGCCAUCUACAUAUCUCGCUAUCCUGGUUGUGAGCUGGGGGAUCGUGAUGACGUUGACGGGCGUCGUCAAGAACUUUUCGGGAAUAAUGGCUGUGCGAGUCCUUCUCGGUAUCUUUGAAGCGGGUUUCUUUCCUGGCGCCAUAUAUCUCUGUUCUUAUUGGUACAUGCCCAAGGACCUCGCCACGCGGAUAUCGUACUUCUACUGCGCUAGCGCUCUCUCCGGAGCCUUUUCGGGCCUGUUGGCUGCAGCGAUCGCGCAAAUGGACGGUGUCGCCGGAUAUCAGGGAUGGCGAUGGAUUUUCCUGCUCGAGGGCAUUGCCACCGUGGUCUUGGGCAUUGCGUGCUUCUUCCUCCUGAUCGACACUCCGGCUCUCUCAACACGCUGGCUGGAUCCCGAGGAGAUCCAAUACCUGGAACUUUCCAUGUUCAUCAAGCAAGGAGGAAAAUUCCGUGAGGAGGAAUCCGGCUUCAAGUGGAGAGAUCUCAGAAUCGUGCUCACGAACUGGAGGGUUUACGUGCAGGCUUAUUUCUUGAUCUGCCAGUCGGCUCUUUCUUAUGGUACCAAGUUCACACUGCCCAGCAUCACCAAGGCCAUGGGAUUCAGCUCCACCAACGCACAGCUCACAUCUGCACCUCCCUAUGUCGCGGCAGCUAUCUCGGCCAUCAUAUUUGCACGACUUUCUGACCGCUUCUACUGGCGAAUGCCAUUCGUUGUCAUUCCCAUGGGAAUUGUCACCAUUGCCUAUUCAGUCAUUAUUUCACUGCAUGGAGAGCUCCAAGCGAAGAAGGGCGUUGCAUACUUCUCGGUCGUCCUGGCUGUGGUCGGCAUCUACCCCAUCCAAGCCGCAGCUGCAUCGUGGAAUGCAAACAACAUCGCGCCAUCUUCUCGACGAGCCAUCGGUAUUGCGCUGAUGAACUGUGUCGGCAACGUCGGCGGCAUCGUGGGCAGCUUUAUGUACCUCGAGAGUGAAAAGCCAAAGUACUAUACUGGUUUCGGCCUCUCUUUGGCAUUUGGCGCCUCUGGGAUGGUUGUCGCCUUCUUAUUGGAGUGGAGCUACAAGUUCGCAAAUGCAAGGAAGGCUCUGGUCGCUGAGGAGGCCAAGACCAAGUAUACCGAGGAAGAGUUGUUUGACAUGGGAGACAAGUCCCCUUUGUUCAAGCAUGUAUUGUAA